AUGGCAGAUAUAUGUUACGAAGUUGUGACCGAUGCGUCGGCGUAUGAAUCAAGACCGUUACAUUCAGGGAGGAGGCAGAGGUUUCCGAUGGAUAAGACGGUGGCGAUGCAAGAAGAAUGGGAGAAGAAAAACUUUAAGCGUAAUAAACUGGAGGCUUUAACGGUGAGAAAUGAGAACGUCUCCGGUGAGUCUCCGGUGACGGAGGCAAGUCCGAGAUACGGCGUUUCUUCGGUGUGCGGUAGAAGAAGAGAGAUGGAAGAUGCGGUGGCGAUUCAUCCUUCGUUUUCUUCUCAUUCGGAGUAUCCUCAACACUACUUCGGUGUCUACGACGGUCACGGUUGUUCCCACGUUGCAGCGAGGUGUAGGGAGAGACUUCACAAGCUGGUGCAAGAGGAGCUAAACUCUGAUAGGGAAGAGGAGGAGGACGAGUGGAGAAAGACGAUGGAGCGUAGCUUCACUCGCAUGGAUAAAGAGGUUGUGUUGUUGAGUGAAUCAGUCGUGAGUGCGAAAUGUAAGUGCGAGCUUCAGACGCCGGAUUGUGAUGCGGUCGGAUCAACCGCCGUCGUGUCUAUCAUUACGCAGGAUAAGAUCGUCGUCGCUAACUGCGGCGAUUCCAGAGCAGUUCUCUGCCGGAAUGGAAAACCAUUCCCUCUAUCGACAGAUCACAAGCCUGACCGUCCAGACGAGUUGGACCGAAUCGAAGGAGCUGGAGGACGAGUCAUAUACUGGGACUGUCCGAGAGUUCUAGGAGUCUUAGCGAUGUCACGAGCCAUAGGAGACAACUAUCUGAAACCUUACGUGACUUGUGAACCGGAGGUAACGGUUACAGACAGGACGGACGAUGACUGCCUUAUUCUAGCCAGCGACGGUUUAUGGGACGUUGUGUCAAACGAGACAGCCUGCUCGGUGGCGCGUAUGUGUCUCAGUGGUGGUCGGAGACGGCGAGGUACUCCGGAACAAGCGGUGGAGACAAUCUCGGACAAAGCGUGCAUGGAAGCGUCAGUAUUGCUGACAAAGCUGGCGUUGGCGAGACACAGUGGUGACAACGUGAGUGUCGUUGUGAUUGAUCUCAGAAGGAAAGGACACGUCACUGGACACUAA